GCAGCCGACCCCCGCUCCGCGCGCGGGGCGAGCGGCCGCGGUGAGGCGCGAGGGCGGCGCGGGCGCAGCGCCAUGGGGGCCCUGACCAGCCGGCAGCACGCGGGCGUGGAGGAGGUGGACAUCCCGUCCAAUUCCGUGUACCGCUACCCGCCCAAGUCCGGAAGCUAUUUUGCCAGCCACUUCAUUAUGGGAGGAGAGAAGUUUGACUCCACACACCCCGAAGGUUACCUAUUUGGAGAGAACAGUGAUCUGAACUUUCUGGGGAACAGACCAGUAGCGUUUCCCUAUGCUGCCCCGCCUCCCCAAGAACCCGUGAAGACUCUGAGAAGCCUGAUCAACAUCCGGAAGGACACACUAAGACUUGUAAAGUGUGCCGAGGAAGUGAAGACCCCUGGAGAAGAGGCCAGCAGAGCUAAAGUCCACUACAACGUGGAGUUCACCUUUGACACUGAUGCUCGGGUGGCCAUCACCAUCUACUAUCAGGCCACGGAAGAGUUCCAGAAUGGGAUUGCCAGCUAUAUCCCCAGAGACAACAGCCUCCAGUCGGAGACGGUGCACUAUAAGCGAGGGGUGUGUCAGCAGUUCUGCUUGCCCUCCCACACCGUGGACCCCUCGGAGUGGGCAGAGGAGGAGCUUGGCUUUGAUCUGGACCGAGAGGUUUACCCUUUAGUGGUCCACGCCGUGGUGGAUGAAGGAGAUGAGUAUUUUGGCCAUUGCCAUGUACUGCUGGGCACUUUUGAAAAGCACACUGAUGGAACCUUCUGUGUCAAGCCCCUCAAACAGAAACAAGUGGUAGAUGGUGUCAGCUACCUCCUUCAGGAGAUCUAUGGAAUUGAAAACAAGUACAACACACAAGAUUCUAAGGUGGCUGAGGAUGAAGUAAGCGAUAACAGUGCUGAGUGUGUGGUGUGUCUCUCAGAUGUGCGGGACACCUUGAUCCUGCCCUGUCGCCACCUCUGCCUCUGUAACACGUGCGCUGACACGCUGCGCUACCAGGCAAACAACUGCCCCAUCUGCCGACUGCCCUUUCGGGCACUGCUUCAGAUCCGGGCCAUGAGGAAAAAAUUGGGUCCCUUGUCUCCCACCAGCUUUAACCCCAUCAUCUCAUCCCAGACGUCUGACUCGGAAGAGCAUUCGUCCUCAGAGAACAUUCCACCAGGUUAUGAAGUGGUGUCUCUUCUGGAAGCUCUCAAUGGGCCCCUCACCCCAUCCCCAGCGGUCCCUGCACUCCACGUGCUUGGAGAUGGCCACCUCUCAGGAUUGUUGCCCUCCUAUGGCAGCGAUGGCCACCUGCCCCCAGUCAGGACGCUCUCCCCGCUCGACCGCCUGUCUGAUUGCAGCAGCCAAGGAAUCAAACUCAAAAAGAGUCUCUCUAAUUCUUUACAGGGAUACUGGCUUCAGAUGCUCCUCUCCCUGGACUUCUGCAGGUCUGUUUCCCAGAAUUCUUCUGUGUUGCAUGAAGAGGACGAUGAGCGUUCUUGCAGUGAGUCAGACACCCAGCUCUCUCAGAGGCCAUCAGCCCAGCAUCUGGAAGAGGAAUGUGAUGUAACCCCAGAAAGUGAAAAUCUUACCCUGUCAUCCUCGGGAGCUAUUGACCAGUCGUCUUGCACAGGGACGCCUCUCUCUUCCACAAUUUCCUCCCCAGAAGACCCUGCCAGCAGCAGCCUGGCCCAGUCGGUCAUGUCCAUGGUGUCCUCCCAGAGCCAGCACUCCCAGAUCAGCACCGACACAGUCUCCUCCAUGUCUGGCUCCUACAUUGCCCCUGGCACUGAAGAAGAGGGAGAGGCCCUCCCUUCACCCCAGGCCGCCAGCAGGGCCCCCUCAGAAGAAGCAGAGGUGACACCAGCAGCAUCUCCAGACAGCAACUUCAUUGGCCUCGCCGCUGAAGAGCAGGAUGCAGAGGGAAAUGAUGUUAUAGAGGAAGAGGAUGGAUCACCCACCCAAGAAGAUGGCCAGAGGACAUGCGCAUUUCUAGGUAUGGAGUGUGACAAUAACAAUGACUUUGGCAUCGCCAGCGUGAAAGCACUGGACAAUAAGCUGUGCCCUGAGGUCUGCUUACCGGGGAGCUGGCAGGCCGAUGACAACGUUGUCAGUCGUCGGAACACACGGCACCGGCGCUUAUCAUCUGGCAGCCUGGAGGACCUUGAGGACAGACCCUGUGUGUGGGGUCCUUUGGCCGUCUGAGAGCCCCAGCCCUGCAACUGGGCUCCCUCUUGCCCCCACAUUCCAUCCUGGCCUCACGGGACUGCUGGCCCCCUGGGUGUCCUCAGCAAGACCACGAAGACUACAUCCAGACAAGCGCUGGACGUGGAGGUCAGCCUGUUCCUGCUCCCAGCCCAGCCUCCUCCAUAACCAUCACCCUUCCCCUCCCAGAAGGAACUAGAAGCCUCCUCUCUCCUUGUGGGCCAGAGCCUCUCAAUGAACUACAGCUCAUGAGACCCUUUGCAGAGACUCUGGAAUGUAUCCACCUCAGGUGGAGUCGAGGUCCACAGGCUGGUUGUUUCUCGUGCAUCUUUUCCUCCCUAGGAGGCAUUCCAAGAAGGCCUGGAGUUUUGGCAGCUUCAUUACAAACACCCAUCGGCAUUUUAUCUGGUCUCUAGAACAUCAUAAGCACUUUAGGGUGGGGUUGGGGGAUGGCUUCUGUGAGAAAGGAAGGCCAUUUUGUCAAGUUUCCCUCAGAAAGCAUUAGGAGGAGCUCCUUCUCAAGGAAGGUGGCAACCAAAAGGUUGGGUGAAAAAACAGUUCUUGCUUCUGGUCACAGAGCUAGUCUCCUGUGCCUCACGUGAUGUCUGCUUAGGAAGGAGGCCUUGAAUCCCAGAAUCUCCCAAUUAUGUGGUCACCCCAGGAGGGUUAUGAUCAGGUGCAUUCAUGAAGGCCUGGGACUCCAUCCUAAGGUGACUUUUCAAAAAACACAUCUUUGGCCACCUCUGUGUGCCAGGCACUGUGUUAGCUGUCUUAUAUUCUCAUAUUUCACCACUGCGCCCUGUCAGGUAGUAUUCUUAUAUCCGUUGUCCCUGUCUCCACCCCUUUUUGUUCAUAGUUGAGAAAUAGGCUGAGGGAGGGGUGGAACAGUGAUUCUCAAAUUGGUGCCCAGGAGGCUCCCGGAGCCCGCAGAGCUGGGGCCAGCGGUGAUCUGAGAGUCUCCCCGCUCCAUGUGUUGUCCUCCCCUGCCUUUCUGCUAAGCCUUGGGGGCUGGGGCGGGGGGGGGGGUACUCCUUCAUUAGGCUCUUUAGAGAUUCAGAAGUAUCAUUCAAAUCAUGUGCCCCCCAGCCCUCAUCAGCCCAGUGUAGGGCCUGUAGACAAAAGUCUGAAACAGCAAGGCCAGGCUGCAAGCUGUUGGGAGUUACUCCUCUGCUCUCAACACUGGUGUGGCCAGUGGGUUCCACAUAGUUCUUGGACAGAUGUGUUGUCUACUGGCUUUGGGAAAAGGUGGUCUUUGGGGGGAACAUGAGAUAGGGAAGCAAAGUUGGAUACAGCCAUUGUGAGGCUGAGAUGCAGUAGAGCCUUAGGCCCAGUCCAUCAUGAUGGCCUGUCUUCGUAUUCAGAAUUGUUACCCUGAAAGAGUUUUUCAGGGCCAUUUCCAAAACCCCAAAGAGAGCCCGGUGCCCAGGGAAUCUUUCGCACCUUCUGUGUGGCUUCUUUGCACUGUCAGGUGGUGGUGACCCUUGCCAGGCCCAGUGGUUAUGGCUCAGGUCCUGCCCUGGUUGGGGGAAGGCCCAUUGUCCUGACAGAUGUGACAUGAACCAAGCCUGAAUCUAGGCUUCUGUCUUGAGUCCUGCCGUGGACUCUGCUGCUUCAGGCCUGACUCCUUGUCCCUUCUUUCCCCCAGCUUUCUUCCAGCCCCUUUCAUGUUUGCGGUCGGAGCAAUAACCCCACUUCCUGAUUUCCUUGAAGUUUAAGCGCCAGGGAAUGGGGAGCUUCCCUUAGCCCAGGGCGGCAGCACACAGCCUCCCCUACUCUCCUGGCAGGUCACAUUCACAGUGUGCUGUCACCUGAGAUGAAGGAGAUGCAGGGUAAACAGUAGCCACAGUGGCCAGGAACCCUGAGAGGAAACCAUUAUCACCCUCUUCUGAGGAGGACCCGAGUGCUUCCUCACAGCACAUGCUGGGUCCUCCCUCCAGCAGGAGGCUCAGAAAGAUUCUGAAAGGCCUUGGUUCCGUAACCAAGACAUGCUUGGGUUGGAAAUGGCCCUUUCACUCCUGCUUCUCAGACCCAUCCUCCCAUCUCUCUCUCUCUCUCUCUCUCUCUCUCCUUUGUUCUCAUUUGGCUCGUAGGCAAGCAGAAAUAUCCCAUCCAAAGGAGCCGGUCUUUAGCCUGACCAGGGAACAGGGCAGCUGCCAACCCUACUGCCCCAGUCCAUCAUCUAGAGACCAUGGUGUUAGACGAUAGUGACCCAGAGAGAAUGGGACGGGCCUGGCUCUUCACCAGAGAGCACAGACUACCUGGAGGCCCGUGGCUCUUCCUGCCAACUCCCGUCUCGGGUCUGAGUGCUGCUAUGGCCUCGAGGUGGUGUGGUGAUCCUGGCCUCACAGAGUCUUUUUCCUUUUGCCCUUCCUCACCCACUUCAUCCAGCAGUUUAUGCCCACACCGGGGCAUCUCCUGGGCACAGACCCACACACUUUGAGCCGUCUCACCUGGGGAGAGCUACUGUCCCGCCCGCCUGAUCUCGGCAUGCUGGUUGAUCACUUCACUUUAGGACCUGCACACCUGGUGUGUGCUGGUGUGUGUGUGUGUGUGUACUGUUUGUGCCAUCUGGGUACCCCUCUCACUCCCCGGAGUACACUCAUGGGCACACUACAGUGAGGACAUCAAGGAUGCAAUAUUUAUGGAUUGCUGCAUGAUUCUUAAAAACGAAUAAAACUGUUUACAAGGGAA